CUGCCCCUCGUCCCCUCGCCUCCCGUUUGCCCCUCGAGUCUGUUCCCCUCUUCCCGCCUCCUCGCCAUCCCUCCCCCUCCUCAUUCUCUCCGCGCACCGUGGUGUCGAUCGCCAAGAACACACACCACGUCCUUUGGGCAGCCCUUCCCCUCCCCCCGCCUCCCUUGACUUGUCUCUGCAAGUUGGCUAUACAGUUCGAGCGAGAGAAGCAGCGCGCCCCGACCGCGUGCCGUUCAUGCCUCCCCCCUUCUGAUCGCCGCUUUUUCUGAAACACCCAAUGACCAAGACCCCUGCCAAGUCUUCCGGGCGCCCCCCUUCCGAGAGCCCAGGUCCCUCCUCUUCAGCCAGCCCGCCCCCGAGCAAGUCCGAGAGUGGCACCCCGAAGCCCGAUGAGGAGGAUAACAUUUGGCCCGAGGAUGUAGACAAUGCCUUCCACGAAGCCCUGAAGCUCUUCCCGCCCAUUGGCCGUCGAAAGCUGCUGGACGGUGGUAAGAUGUACGGGCGGAAUGAGCUCAUUGCCAAGUUCAUCUUCCAGCGAACCGGCAAGACCCGCACUCGCAAGCAGGUCUCCUCGCAUAUUCAGGUCAUCUCCAAGAAGAAUCGCAAGGCCCACGAGGCCGAGAAGGCUGCACAUGCGGCUGCCGCUGUGGCCGCUGCGGCUGCCGCCUCGGCCGUCAACAACCCUGCCUCCAUUGGUGGCCUGGCCGGAGCCGGGGCCGAUGGCUCAGCUGGUGCUGGUCACCCUGAGACCACCCCCACUCCCAGCAGCUCGGCUCUCAUUUCCAACAUCAUCGGUCAAAGCCAGUCUCCCUACUCCCAGGCUCCCGGUGGCGGAUCUCUGGCCUCUUAUGGGGCCUUCGCAUCGCGCAUGGGUGCCACUGGUGACCAUCACCAUCAUCACCCGGGCCAACAGCAGCCAGGCCAGCAGCUUCUGGGCCAUUCAUUUCCCGGCGCCGGCGCCGGUGCCCAGGGUCUGGUCCCGCAGCUUGCCCACCACUCGGGUCAGGCACAGUCCUCCUCCGGACAGCCACAUGGCGGCGGUCAUUUCCUGCCGGGGGGCGGAGCACAGCCAUUCGCUCACCAUUCCUCCCCGCACAAUUCCAGCUUGGUAAAUGUGCCCAUCCGUGGGGGUGUACAGCAGACGGCCGUCCUCCUGCAGCAGCAGGCCGCAGCGGCGGUGACCGCCGCCAACCAACAGCACCACCUGAUUGCCGGUGCUCAUGGUGCUGCUGGCCCGGGUUCACAUUCGCUUCACAUGCAGCAGCAGCUUCAAAUGCAGCUCCAGCAGCAGCAGCAGCAGCAGCAACAGCAACAGCAGGUAGCCGCUGCCGCCGCCGCCGCCGCGCAGCAGCAGCAACAUCACCAUCUUCUGUCUUCCUCUGCGGCAUCGUCCUCCCAGGCUCAGCACCUCCUUGGCCAGGCGCCGGGCGGUCUUCUGUCGGCGGCAGCCAUCUCCACGGCCACCGGCACCCUCUCGCCUCAUGGAGGUGCUCGUGUCCGCACGGGUGCCAAUCCCCCCGGUGUCUUCCCCGAUGUUGGAGGCCCCCACCAGGCAUUGGCUCCCAAUGUGCUGGCCAUCAUGCAGCAGCCCCCACCCACGGUUCCUGCUUCCCCGCGCAUGGCUCUCGACCUUUUUGCCGCCUUUUUGGAGAUGCCCGUUCCGGCGGCCGUCCUGGCCAAGGUCUCUGAUCCGCUCAAUGGCCGGGGGGUCUUCGCUCGGCGGUCCGAGGUGCUCACUCGCCAUCACUAUGUGCACAUGAGCCAGGGCGCGCCGACGGCCGUGGACAUUGCGGCGCAGGAUCGACGCAUUGCCACUCGACAGGCGGAAUACCUGCGCCAGUUGACACACUCCGACACCAUUCCCGGUGAGGCGGAAAUGUCCGCCGCCCGCCUGGCCUCCGAUGAGUAUGCCCGCAAGGCUGAUCUCUCCCAGCUGCCGGGGAUUCAUGACACCUCCAUCAAGCUGACCAGCCUCCUGUCCAAGUUCCCUGGCCUCAACUCCCUGAUGGAGUAUGGCGAGCCCCAUUGCUUCUAUGCGGCGCGUCUCUGGGUGGACUUGACGUCCAAUCCGGCCACGCAAUUUGCUUCGAUGGUGGCUGGCAACGCGGCAGAUGGCAGUGACAUUUCGGCCUCCGGCGGCGGUGGUGGUGUGGGCAUUCCUCCCACCAAGAAGUCGGCCGCCAUUGGCUCGACCUCCUCCCCGGUGCCUGGCGGGGGGGCGGCCGCCAGUGCCGUUGGCGUUGAUCCUUCUCCUUCAAAUUCCUCCACCCGGUCAUCCUCCCCGCCGUUGUCCGGCUCUGCCAGCGGUCCUGGCGGCAUCAUCCCCCCGGCCGGGGCUUCACUUCCCUCGACGGCGGCCGCGUCCCCGGGGGCCGGCGUGUCGGUGGGUUCCGCCAUGUUGGACGAUGUCACGGCGGGGGUUUCCUCUGCCAUGGUGACCCCUGGUGCGGGGACCGAGGCCAGCGCCCCGGCGCCGGCGUCGGCCUCCACCACCAACAGUGGCAGCGGCGGCAGCACCAGCCUCCCGUCUUCCAGCACCGGCGCCUUCUCCGAUGACUUGACCCCCACAUCUGUGCUGCCGCAUGGCACGCAUGCCCUGGCCGCGCGGUAUAUCUCCUCCGAGCGACUGACCGUCCGCUGUUCGACGUCCAUCUACUCCUUCGGCCAGCCGGUUGUCGAAAAGAUCCAGGUCGAGGAGCCCUCGGCCAUUGGCGAUGAUUUCGUCUACCACUUCAACCAUGCUCCCCUGUGUGACUACAUCGUGCACUUCAUGGAGCGGUUACGCAACAACGUCGACAACCUUCAGGCCAAGAACCGUGUCCUCGACAACUUCUCCGUGCUCCAGACCCUGGCCGAUCAUACCACCGGCAAUGUUCUCCUUUGCACGGCAUUCCUUUUCGCCGCGUCGCCGGAUGGCCGGACCCGGCACCAGGUUUAUCGGAUUGACACCUCCCCCAGCCCUUGAGAUCCCCACUCCUCCUCUUUUCUUCAGAAUACAAACACCCAUACACCCACA